AAUGUAACAUUUAACUUGUUUUAAUAUAUAUAUGUCUUUGAUGCAAUAAAAUCCGAAAAACUUUAUUAAGUGUAAAGAUUCAUAAAUUCGUACUCGAAGUCUCUACCAUUUCCUCGAAUAGAAUAAUAAUAAUAAUACGAAAGACGGAAUAAUUGUUUUCUUGCAAAAUGAAACGACCGGUGGAACUCAGAAAAAGAUCCAACCUCGUAAUAAAAAGCAAUUUCCUGACGAAAAUAAACAACGCGUAGGGUUUGAUGAAACGUAUAUAUUUCUUGCCGCCUAACGAAAAUACGAGCUACGGCGCAAAUGCGAGUCGACAUAUAUCGAUGAGUUCUCGAAAUGCGAAUAAAAGUUCUCGCUUUUUCGCAGAGAGAUUAAUCCUUCUUCGGAGUUGCACGCUGCUGUCGUUAUCUCGGAUCAGUAAAACAUGGCAAUAGACGUGCGAACAUUUUCGCGAAGUGCAAUUUCUCUUUGCUUCAUCGCAUACAUUCUUCAUCAUGUCGACCGUACGGCCGCUUCAAAAGAAAAAACUGAUUAUGGAGCGAUCUUGGUGAUCAAACGGGUGGAUCGUGCAUUCGAAUCGCUGAAUCGAAUAAUCGCCGACCUGGAGUGGCGCACGCUCAGAAACCAUUCGGACGUACCGCUGGAAAUAUAUGUAUAUUUCGUUCAACUGAAAUUGAAAUGGAGGAAUACGUGGUGUGCGAAAUUAACGAAUCUUUGGUAUCACGAAAUAUCUGUGAAUAAAGAAUUCCUGCGCUUUUUGUGCAGUGGACCGAAAUAUACGACUGAUAUGGCCAAGAGGAUUAUUAUUAUCAACGAACGCUUAUCGUCCACGUAUAGCUCCGCACGAAUCUGUAAAGUUGAAAAUUUUAAACAAAACUGCUACAAUGGUGAAUCGGACGUGGUGAAAUUAAUGGCGACUUCAAGGAACGAAGGGGAAUUACGUUGGGCUUGGACCGCUUGGAGAAAUCAUAUGAGUCAUACGAAGGAACUCUUCAAACAUUUAGUUGAUCUUCAAAACACGGCCGCGCGACGCAACGGAUACGCCGAUAUCGGCGAAUAUUGGAGGGGAGAGUUCGAUAUUCCAAACUUGGAAGAAGUUUUUGAAGACAUGUAUAAACGAGUCGAAUCGUUGUAUCGCCUGCUGCAUGCCGUCGUAAGAUUCCGGCUCGCAAAGCUGUAUCCCGAUAUCGUUGACUUAUCUCUGCCAAUUCCCGCUCAUUUACUAGGCAAUUUGUGGUCACAAAGCUGGGAAGCGCUGAUUGACAUAAUACUUCCGGAUCUGACGUCGAGUCCGACAAACGCGCUCGGGCAAGAACAUUACAGUGUAACAAAACUGGUAAAAACAGCGGAAGAGUUUUACGUUUCUCUCGGAUUUCCGCCAUUGACACGGGAAUUCUGGAGUAACUCCGUCUUCCGACAAGAUACCAAUAAAACAUCCAGCUGUCAUGCAACUGCUGUCAACAUGUACAAGAAGAAUGACUUUAGAAUUUUUGCGUGUUUAGAAACGAAGCAGCUGCAAGAUCUCGAUGUAAUUUACCACGAGCUCGGUCACGUACAAUAUUACAUGGCGUAUCAAAAUCAGCCCUUGCUUUUUAAGAAUGGAAUUAAUAGUGCUUUCCACGAGUCGAUAGGUGACGCCGUUUCGUACGGCGCAGCUUCCUUCCGACACGUGCAACGUCUAGGAUUAAUACGCAACGAAUUCACGUCAUCCGCCAACUUUUCUCAUGCCAAAUCGCGCUCGCAAAAGUCUCCGGAGAUGGUCGCCCUUCUGAGACAAGCUCUGAUUAAAAUCCCGCAAAUAGCCAGUGGAUUGAUAAUAGACAAAUGGAGAUGGUCUGUGUUUUCCGGCAGGACGAAGCCUUCGAAGUACAACGCAUCCUGGUGGGACCUGCAUCGUAGAUACAUGGGCGUCGUACCGCCGUCACCGAGAUCCGAGGAGUUCUUCGAUCCUGCGGCGAAGUUUCACGUCGCUCAUAAUAUACCGUAUGCCGGGUAUUUUCUCGGAAACUUCCUGCAAGUACAAUUGUUUCAAGGAAUGUGCGAGGCGUCCCAAGGUUCGAAGCCCGGUCUCGUCGCAUUCAACUCGUCCCUUCACGGAUGUGACAUUUACGGGUCAAAAGAUGCGGGAAAGUUUUUAAGGUCGAGAAUAUAAUACCAAUUAUAUAAUACAUGUACUUAGAAAAUUGUGGUUUUAAUCUGAUUUGUCUUAUUACAUCAAAUUAAAAGAAGAGAAAUGGUAAAAAAAUAAUUUUUCUAUGACGUUGCAACAAACUCGUUGUCUAGUUGUCGAAAUAAAAAAA